UCUCCCUCGCGCAAACGACUGUUGCGCAAAUGACACAGAGCCCAGUUUAUGGUUCGAAUACCAGUUUUGACAGAUGAAUGAAAUUUUCUACCGACAUUUUUAUUGAUACUGUUUUGCUAACUUGAUGUCAAGUUAGCGAAAUACAUGAUAUUUUUUUCAAACGCGAUAUUUUCUUGAAGAAAAAGAGCUAAUUAGCGGCAAAUUUCCACUCACUCAAUUUAUCACUACCGACAUUUUUAGUGAUUUUUUUUGAAACUUGAUUUUUUGUAAAAAAAAAGAAGCGACAAAUUUUUGGUUUUCACAACUAAUUAGCGGCAAAAAAACGGCAAAUUUCCAUUCAUUCAAUUUUUCACUACCGACAUUUUUAGUGAUAAUGUCUCGCUAACUUGAUGUCAAGUUAGCGAAACAAAUGAUUUUUUUUUUCAAACUUGAUUAUUUAUGGAAAAAAAAAGAACCGGCAAAUUUUUGGUUUACACAACUAAUUAGCGGCAAAAAAACGGCAAAUUUUCAUAUACCUAAUUUUUUACUGCUGACAUAUUUAGUGAUGUUGUCUCGCUAUCUUGACGUCAAGUUAGCAAAACACGUAAUUAAGAAAAAACCAAAUGAGCGGCAAAUUUUUUAAUUCCACAUUUAAUUAGCGGCAAAAAAGCGGCAAAUUCUUGGCAUAAUGGAAAAUCGAUUUUUCGAAGUUGUCUCGCUAAGUUGAUAGACAUUAGAAACUUUGUUUCAUUCGAAACUGCCAUAUUUGAUUUCAAUAUGGGGAUCUCGCAUUUGAAACCAUUAUAAAUUAUGCAAAACAAAAUUAUCAAAUGUAUACAUGAAUGAAUUGCCUUAUUUAGAACCAUCUGUUAAUUUAUAUAAACCUUAUGGAUAUUUAAAUCUUAAUGUAUAUUUCGUGAAUCAAGGAAAAAGAUCAAUAUUACAUGAUGAUAGUAGGUAUAUUGAAGUACAAUUUGUAUAUUAUAUUCCCUAUAAUAAACUUUGUAGUUGGUUGGAAAAUAAAUAAAUAAAUAAAUAAAUAAAUAAAUACGAAAAGCUCCAUCACCCCAUGAUUUGUCUAAAUUUUUUUAAUUUUCAGCAUCUUCAAUGACAACAAGGGCGCCGUCUUCAUACAAAACCUAAAUGAAAAAAACGUCUUCAACAGCAAUGACAUAUACGAACUACUGAAACAAGGCACACUAAGAUGUCAGACCAACUCAACUCACAUGAACAAUCACAGCUCUCGUUCACCAUAACCGUACAUAUCAAAGAAGCUGAUUUAAACGGCGAAGAAGUUUUGAAGACAGGCUAAAUAAAUCUAGUAGAUCUGGCCGGCAGUGAAAAUAUCGCGAAAAGCGGCGCCAAAGAUAAAAGGGCUCUGGAACUGGCCAACAUUAAUCGGUCGCUGUUGAUAUUGGGACGCGUGGUACAAAGUUUGACAGAAAAAAGCAAUAGGCACGUUCCUUAUCGGGAUUCGAAGCUAACGAGAAUUUUGCAGGACAGUUUAGGAGGCCACACCAAAACCUGCAUCAUCGCCACCGUGUCUCCAGCUGACAGCUCCUACGAAGUAACCCAGUGUACUCUAGAAUAUGCAAUGAGGGCUAGGGACGUCAAAAACACUCCGAUGGUCAACGAAAAAGUAACACAAGUCCAAAUGUUCAAACAACUGACAACGGAAAUUGAAGAACUAAAACGCAAAUUAGAAGCCACUCGACUUGGCGAAGGCGGAGGCGGAAGCUUUUUCGUGGCGCAACAACACUGGGACGAAAUACAAAAUCAGCUUCACGUCAACUCAAAUUCGUUAACAAUGAAAAACGAAAUUAUGGACGGCAUGAAAAAGCGCCUGGCCGAUCUCGAAGUGAUACAAAAAAUUAAAACGCGCGACUACGAGGAAGCGAUGAAAAAUUGCAAAAACAAAGAGAAAAUCAUCCACAAAGCGACGGCGGCGCUUCUCAAAGAACACCGUGAAAAUUUGCAACAGGAAAAGUAUUUGUCCAAAAAUUAUUUCCAAUCGGUGCAAGACGAAAACACCCAGGCGAAAUGUUUGCUGCAGGCCACCAAUACAUUGAUUGACAGUCACAACAUGCUGCAGUUCAAACUCGAAACCCAAUAUUUCAAUAGUCUCUCCAACAACCGUUUAAUACAGGAAAAGUGUCGCAGUUUGCAAGAAACUAUUGUUAGCGGUCGGGAGCAAUUGGACAAGAUGUCGUUAACGUCACAGUCUGCCGUGACCAAUCAAAUGGCUGUUUUGGAAGAAAGUGCGCGGGCGUGUCACCAGGAAGUGGAGCGUUGCGCUGCUUGGAAAAAGGAAAUCGAGGAUGUGGCUAAUAAUAAGAACGGAGUGAGUGAGGUUAUAGAGGAAAGACGGAGUUGUGUGAGUGAAGUGAUGGGAUUGGUCGAUAAAGGAUGUAAAAAUUUUCAGAAAUACACGACAAGACAUGCGGAGCAGCUGAACAAAGUGAGAUCGCGUUUCAGGGACAUGUUAUACAAGCAAAUACAACACAAAAGGCAACAAAUCAAAUUAUUGGAACAAGAAGUCGAAGAAAUGGUAGAAACGUUGGAAACAAUCGACAGAGAAACCAACAACUUUAUUAUCGAGGAGGAAGAAGAUAAAAAUAUGAUCAAACAAGAUUUCAUAUCAAUAUCAACAGUAUUGCCAAAUACUGGAGUUGAUUUGGUAGCCCAGACUGAGAGAGUGUUGAGGAAAAUUUUGAAAAUAUAACUCAGUAAAGUCACGCCUUACUGAGUUGAUCAACCAAAAAAUCGACACGGAAACGGCCGAUUUGAACCUCAACCAAACUCAUAUUAAUACUAUGAAACAAAUGAUCGCCUCAACAGAAAAAUCUCUAAAAAUGCACAUUUCUGAGCAAAAAUCACUAUUAGAAACGACUGAGAAAAUAGGAAAAGAUUUAUUGGAUGCGUGGAAUCAGGCGAUUCGAGCCGACGAUACUCCGAAUAAAAUCAGCGUCAAUUAUCCGAAACAGGUGGGCGCUGGAGCUUUGCCCAGGGAUGUGCUUAUUAAAAAGUUUAAAGAGGAAUUUGAUGAAGUAAGUAAAGUUUUAGAAUGUUUCGAGGUUAUGAAUCUGGGAUUUUUUUUACUUUUAGGAUAUUAGUAAUGAGUCUUUCCAUUUUAACGUGUCAACAAAUACUGAGGUGAGUUAGUGAUAUUUUUAUGUCUAUAAUGUUUUUCAUAUUUCAAAGUUUUGAGGCACGCGUGAAGUUAGCACCUGAUUCUUUUUGAAAUGUAGUGCAAUAAUUCGGAGUAAGUAAAUCUCAUUCAACAGUCUCGAGAUUUUAAUAAAUGAAUCAUAUUAUACAGGGUGUCCGUUUUAAGUGAUACCUACCACUUUUGCUAUCUCGGAAACGGUAAGCGAUACAAGGUUGGUUAAAUUAGAAAAAAGUUGCCUUUUUUGAUGCCCAUUUACAGUGUUGCCGAAUUCCUUUCAGUUUAGGAAAUAGGUAUAUAGUGAUUUCUGAGAAAUGCCUAAAACUAUUUCAUCAAUUAUUUUGAAAACUAUUGAUUUUCAGGACACAAUUUCAAUUUGAAAUUUUAUAAUUUUUAUCGCUUUACAACAUGGCAUCUUCAAAUUUCAAAUCCGACAUUUCGUGAUCGAGCUACCAUCAUCAACUUAAUUUUUUAUGUCAUUUAUUUAGAAAGCUCCCUUUAUUCCCUUUUUAAUGAUAUACCUCUUAAGUAUGAUUGGCCAACGUUUCUGCUUUUAAAGGUGAUCAUCAGUGAUUUUUACCAAAAUUUUACCCUAAUUCGGCCCCUGGUAAAAAUCACUGAUGAUCACUCUUUCGAGCAGAAACGUCGACCAAUCAUACUUAAAAGGUAUAUCGUUAAAAGAAGAUUAAAGUGCGCUUGACAUAAAAAAUCCAGGUCCGUAUUUGAAAAAAUGAAGUUGAUGAUGGUAGCUCAAUCACAAAACGUCAAAUUUGAAAUUUGAAGAUGCCAUGUUGUAAAGCGACAAAAGUUAUAAAACUUUCAAAAUUAAAUUGUGUCCCGAAAAUUAAUAGUUUUUGAAAUAAUUGAUGAAAUAGUUUUAGGCAUUUCUCAGAAAUCACUAUAUAUUUCCUAAACUGAAAGGAAUUCGGCAACACUGUAAAUGGGCAUCAAAAAAGGCAACUUUUUUCUAAUUUAACCGACCUCGUAUCUUUUACCGUUUCGGAGAUAGCAAUAGUGGUAUCACUUAAAACGGACACCCUGUAUUGACGUUUUCAAUUAAAAGAGACGAACGAUAAGUAUGAAAACAUUCAUUUUCCCGCCAACAUUUGCUUGCUUGUCAAUGUCAAUGCGUAUUGGGUGGUUAGCAAUCCCCUCGUUUUUAUAUUCGAAUCGGUGACUUCACCGAUGAGUUAGCUAUGUUUGUUAACUGAAUGAAAAAUGGAAAUGACCGACAUAAAAUGAUGGAUCCAUCGGUAUUUGAUAUGAAUAAAAACACAGGGUUUGAAAUUGGAAAGAAAAUGUGGGAAAAGUCACUGCUUCGUUCGGAGAACUUCGCUUUGAAGACGGUGGUGGAUUAUUUGGAAGCAAACAGCUUCUGCCAACUAAACUUGGACGUGGAUUACUUUGUAUACUUUAUGGGCCGUGGUUUUCCCUUUCUUUUGCGGGUAUCCUUUCUGAUUUUGUGUAUCCAAAUUUUGACAAAUGUGGGAUUUGAUGGAAACUUAUGGAAAGACACGUCCGCCAGUGAAUAGGAAUUAUUUUUAUGAAUAGGCACACUACACACAAUCACCAUUGUUAGCAAAAAACCUUGAAAACGCCGAAGAAAUAAUAGUUUCUUUCAAAAGUUGUCUACAAACCACUGUCAACGGCUGUCAAUCAUUGUUUUCAUACUUUUUUGGCAUCUGACAGUUUGAUGCCAGAGAGAGAGGUUUUUAAAUUGAAAAGGUCAAUUAUUGAUUUAUUUUCUCCCUUAGGAACACCUCACCCCUCGAAAAAGCAAUGAAUACUCGGAAACUGCCACCUAACCUAAUUAAGUUUAAAGUAUUACUAUUAUUUUCUCAAACUAUUUUACUGUAAAAAUUAAAUUAGCCUCUUUUUUUUUGUGUAAUAACUAUUUAAGCGAUUGAUUGAUUUCAAAAUUCUUUCAACUAUGUUUAUAAGUUUAUUAUUUAUUAUUAUAUUUAUUAUUAUAUUGGUCUAUAGGUUUUGUUGUUUUUUUUUUUAUUUUAUUCAUAGUGCAGAUUUUUAAUAAUAAAUAAUAAUAAAUUUUCUUUUAUAAUUUCUAUGGAAUUGGUCAUUUUUAACUUUUCCCUAAAUCUGAAGGACAUCGCACACAUCUUAUGGGUUUUCGGGGACUGGUCGAUUUAAAAAAAAAAUUAAGUACAACCCAACUCAACCCAACUUAACCCAACUUAACCCAAUUUAGCCUAACCCAAACUAACCCAACUUAUUUUUCCAAUUUUCAAUUGGAAAAUUUUGAAAAUUUCCUAUAAUGAGCUUUACAUUUUCCUCUUUUUUCCUGGAAAAAUUUCAAAACUUUCCCUUUGCCAGUUUUCCAGAAAAAAAUUAAAAUGCAAGAGGUGAAUUUUUCUUAAAUAAGUCCAUUUUCCAGAAUUUUUCCUGGAGUCAUUUUCCAUUGGAAAAUUGUGAAAUUUGCCUAUAAUGAGCUCCUGACUUUCCUCUUUCUCCUGUAAAAAUUUCAAAAUUUUCUCUUUGCCAGUUUUCCAGAAAAAAAUUUAAAUGCAAGAGGUGAAUUUUCCUUAAUUUUGCUUAAAUAAGUCAAUUUCCUUGAUUUUUUCCUGGAGUCAUUUUUCAUUGGAAAAUUUUGAAAUUUUCCCAUAAUGAGCUCCUGACUUUCCUCUUUCUCCUGUAAAAAUUUCAAAAUUUUCCCUUUGCCAGUUUUCCAGAAAAAAAUUAAAAUGCAAGAGGUGAAUUUUUCUUAAAUAAGUCCAUUUUCCAGAAUUUUUCCUGGAGUCAUUUUCCAUUGGAAAAUUGUGAAAUUUGCCUAUAAUGAGCUCCUGACUUUCCUCUUUCUCCUGUAAAAAUUUCAAAAUUUUCUCUUUGCCAGUUUUCCAGAAAAAAAUUUAAAUGCAA